CAGAAGGAAAGAGACCACAAGGAAGAACAAGACGUAGGACAGGCAAUGUCAGAAGCAGAGACUCCAGUUCUACCACCAUGGAUGGACAAAAAGACAUUGGAACUGUGGCUACGGACGCACUACGGCGAUUUGACCGUCACUGACCUUGAGGUGAGGAAAGGUACGAGCAAGGGGGAUAACUAUCUCAGCAGCAUGCAACGUUUGGUUGUGAGCACGAAGUCCGGGGAUUCCCACCACCUCAUAAUCAAGUGUCGCAUGGAGGAUGGGGAGGCCGCCAGAUUAUUCAGUGAGAGCAGCAUCUACAGGAGGGAGCAGGAAAUGUACGUCAGCACGCUGCCCAGGAUGUCAGCACUUCUGCAGAAGGCUAUGCCUGGAAAUUUUGAACCCAUUUCUCCGAAAUGCAUCUACGCGUGCAAAACUUUCCUGGUUCUGGAGGAUCUGUCUGCUACAGGAUUCGGGAUGGGGGAAAGGCGUAAGGGACUGGACCUGGACCAAUGUCUGCUGGUCAUGCGCACUCUGGCCAGGUUCCACGCCGCCUCAGUUGUCCUUCAUGAACAGGUCCCUGACUCCAUGAAGGAAUACGACAUCAACUUCAUCUCUGAACCUGUUUUCAGUAAACCGUGGGCAGACUUUUUCGCAGGUAUGUCACGAACUCUUGCGGAGGAACUGGAUACUUGGCCCAAGGAGUGGCAGAGCUACGCCGAUAAAUUGAGAAACCGGGCGGACUUGGUGAUCGAGCUGGUACUUCAGACGGUCAAACGACGGGAAACGGCUUUCAACGUUCUGACACACGGCGAUUUGUGGGUGAACAAUAUUUUGCUUCGGGGUCACGCGAGCGCAGCCCUGUUAGUGGAUUUCCAGCUGGUUCACUUCACAUCACCCGUGUUAGACCUACACUACUUCAUCACGACCAGCGGCACGUUAGAAGUGCUCAUCAACCAUAUAGAGCGACUCCUAGAGGAAUAUCACACGGUGUUGUGUGACACACUGACAGUUCUGGGCUACACACAGACACCGAUAUCUCUGCAGGAACUGCGUGAAGAGUUUGACAGGAAAGCGACGUAUUGUCUGUAUUCAUUGCUCGGGCCUUACGCCGUGAUGCAGUCUGAUCCUGACUGCGGAUUUAAUUUAGAUGACGCCAUUAUCAGAGGCUUGAACCCUGGACGUUCUAUGUACGGUGAAAAUUACAAGAUUGCCGUCAGGUAUCUCUUACCAUGGCUUGAGAGCAGAGGCGUAUUCAAGAGCAAGAAUUGAACGAAGGAGUGAAUUAAACAUCCAAUUAUCUUGGUUAAAGUAUGUUAAAUUGUUAUUUUAUCGUUAAAGUAGCAUAAAGUCCGUUGAAAUUGCAACGGGAAAUUUAUGUGAUUAACUUCAUUAUUGUAUUUAGAGCAAAAAAUCUAUUGAUGAAAUCA